AUGCAGUCCUGGCUCUUGUUCCUGCUGGCUCUUCUCUUACCCCCUGGAGCAGGGGCUGGGGAGAUUAUCGGCGGCAAGGAAGCAAGGCCGCACUCUCGCCCGUACAUGGCGUAUUUGAAUUUCUACAAGAACGGCACUCUGUAUGCUUGUGGGGGGUUCCUGGUGCGAGAGGAUUUUGUGCUGACAGCUGCUCAUUGCAAUGGAAGCGAAAUGAGUGUCACUCUCGGGGCUCACAACAUCUCAUCUCGAGAAGCCACUCAACAGCGAUUCCCUGUAGUGAAAAAAUUCUUUCGCAAAUAUAACAACCGCACCCUCGCCAACGACAUCAUGUUACUUAAGCUGGGCCACGCAGUGAAUAUGACAAAGGAGGUGGAAAUUAUCCGUCUGCCUAAGCGGGCGACUGGUCCGAAACCCGGGACCAAGUGUUCCGUGGCUGGAUGGGGGAAGAUGGAAGUGAACGGUCGUGGAUCCAGCACGCUGCAGGAGGUGAAGUUAGAUGUGGUAUUUCCAAGUCGCUGCCAUAUAUUCAGAAGUUUCUACUCCCGUUAUCAACUGUGCGUGGGGAAGCCCAAAUCGUAUAAGUCCUCAUUCAAGGGCGACUCAGGAGGCCCUUUGGUGUGUGGAAAGCGAGCCCAGGGCAUUCUCUCCUACGUGAGAUCGGAUGGGAGACCUCCCAACGUCUUUACUCGCAUCUCCUUUUACCUUCCCUGGAUCAAGGAGAUUCUCGGGAAGAAUUAG